GAGGCUGGUGUUAUGGUACACGCCUCGGCACAUCGAGCUUCUUUUGCCAGCUAAGGAUGCUAAAGACUACCCAGAGGAGGUUUUCUCCGUUACGAGUGGUGCUGUCGUUGACCUGAGGGCUGGAGGGGAUGAUGUUUCCCAGUGCUCUGGUACUGUUUGGACUGCUUGCGCCCGAUCAAACCGAUCCAAGGCCAGCCGAUCAUCCUCUGUGAAGGCGGGCACUGUGUGGACUGUCACCAACGCGUCGAGCAGAACGACCGCUUCUUCUCUUAAGCGCGCUCGCGGUGUUGCUGCGACGGUCUGGUCCCGAGCCGUCUCCUCUGGUGCUUCCGUGCAUUCUGAAAUGCCUGCCUUGCCGGAGUGCGACGAUGAUGAUGCCCCGCAACCUGAGCGGUUGCAUCAUGCCAGCCGGGCCCUGCCUCAGUCUGCCCUUGUGAUGGCCCGUCGUAAUCGCGGCCGAGCCUUCCCUGAUGGAGUUGCUAAAUGCAGGCUUUGUCCCUUUCGCCGCAAGUGUGCUGAUCCUGUGAAGGCCUAUGCGGCCUAUCAGCGGCACUUCUUGGAUUCGCAUCCGGGGGAGAAGCUUGGGCUCGCUCCUGCCCGCAAGGCUUCCUGUGUUCGUGACCUCGCUGAUGGCGAGGGGGCGUACUGGAGAUGCAAACGGUGCCAGGCAGGCAUCUCUACUGCUGAUGCGGCCCGUUUUGGCAAGGACUCUCUGUGCCGCUUUCGCCGGGAGCAUAAAACACAGGCCCACCCGCGCGUCUCUUGGGCUGUGUGGAACAAGGAAGCGAAAUCACACUCGGCCACCAAAUGGGCCUCAAAGAUCAGUGUCACUCGCAACAAUGCCCAGAAGGCUAAGCUCCUGCCGGUGCUGCGCGAGCUGGAGGCUCAGGACUUUGAUGCCUUCGGGUGGCCGCGCCAGGCUGGGAAGGACACCAAUACUGUUGAUAAGUAUCCCUUGCGCAUAUGCCCGGCUUGGGUGUGCCGCAAAUGCCGAGCGCCGUGCCCCUCUGCAGAGAUCGCUAGGAAACAUCGGUCGGUCAAGGGACAGUGCCCUUCUCGCACUGCUAAGGCGAGGGCGUGGAUUCGGUUGCGCUCCCUUGCUGCCAAUAAGAAGCUUCAUGAUGCUGCUCCUGCCUCUGUUCGCAAAGAGCAAGGUGAGCUCGCCUUCGCUGCUGCUGAAAAGGUCAAUGUUCCUGAAACGGCUGGCAUCGGCUAUCGCAACCAGUGGAAAGCGCAUGGCCGGCAUGUUGCUCUGAGUGCUCCUGAGGAUCUCGGCAGCCGGGUUGCUUUGGUCAGCGAUUUUCCUUUUCGGCAUGUCCAGCUGUGUAAGGGUCCUGCUUCCACCAGGCACGUGGCGGGACUCUUCAAUUUGCGAUCCCUCCCUGAGGAUGAUUCUUCGCUCCCUGCGAGCUCCCGGAGUGCCACUGAUGAAACCAUCCUGGUGGUGGCCUUUUAUGGCCAGGCCGGCAACGAGCCAGUUGCCCAGACACAAGUGGAUGAGGUUUUGGAGUGUGCGGUUGCCUCGGGUUAUAGGUUUGUGGUUUUGGGCGACUACAACCUUGAGCCUUCCCAAGGCCGCUUAGGAUCGCUAAUUUCGCAAGGCACCGUGCUUGCUGGUGAUGAAUGUGCGCGUGGCCGGCCCCUUCCUGCCACGGGCCCGGUCAAUGCCCAAGGAGUGCGCUCUCGUCGCAUUGAUUUUGCUGUUAAUCAUCGUGACUUGCCUGCGGUUUCUGUGGAUCACUUUACGUGCGAUUUUUCGGACCACUUGGGGGUACACUACUCGUAUGCCCUUGAUGCUCCUUGUCCCUUGGUUGGGCCCAAGCGAUGUAAGCCUCGUGAUGAUCUCCAGUCUUCUGACUUGGAGUCCAGAUGUGCUCAAAUUGAUGCUGGACCCUUUGCGAGCGCCUUGGAACAGAAUGAUUUGGACGGGGCUUGGCGCUUCUUGUCGGACACCGCCGAGCUUCUGCUGUGUGAGCCGUGCUCUGCAGAGUGCGUUCCUCGCGCGUCUUCCUGGGAGCCUGUCGCCCACAGUGCGGCGGGACGGGCUGGCAAGCAGCUUGUGAAGUCGGAGGGCCUGCGCCUUUUGCUGCGACUCCGUGCGAGGCUUCAGGUUCUUUCCCACCGGACGAACGAUACUUUGCUGGUGGCGCGAAUCAGGCGCUCACUCCGGUCCACGCGCUUGAAGGUGCCCAGCCUGCCUUAUGCCCGUGAUGGCGAUGAGCUCUCUCUUCUCCCACAUGUUGCACAGCUCAUUGAGACGCGUGCUGACCUGCCUCGUGCCCGGUCUUUUGUGAAGCGGCGCGCUGAUGAGCAGCUUGCUUGGGAGCGUCAGCUUCCGGAUGUUGCCAGUCCGGGCGACCCUGCACAUCCGGCGGUCGCGGUUGCAGCUGUGGCAAAGGACCUGCGGGCGAAGCUCUGUCCCGCGUCCUUUAGGGCGGUUGACAUGCAGGCCAUGCGUGAUCUGUUGCGGCCCCUGCCGCGCCCCGCAAGCUCGGAGGUCGUGCCUAACAUCACGCCAGAGGCUCUCCGACGCUCCAUGCAGUCCAUGAGGCACCGUGCUGCCGGGCCGGAUGCGUGGAAACCUGGACUGCUAUGUUCCAUGCCUGAUCUUUGGUGGGUGUGGACCUCCCAGCUGUGGAAUCGGUGCCUUGCUUGUUGUGACGUCCCCGCCCAGUGGGCACAGGCACGUGUGGUGAUGAUUAAGAAAAUCAAGGGGGGCUUCAGGCCGUUAACCAUCUCUCAAGCUGUCUGGCGUGCGGGAGCAAGGAUUUUGAAUACCCAACUCUCCGACUGGAUAGGUUCUUGGAGCUCUCCGUCGGAUGCCGGUGGCAUCCCGGGCACGUCGGUGUCGGGUGCCCUGCUUCAGCUGAAUGCUGCAAUGCGCGGUGGCGCUAAUGUUGCGGUACAACAGGACAUUGCGGGGUUCUUUGAUGCCAUCCAGUUUGAAGCCCUUGAGGUCCUCCUUUCUCAUCUGAAAGCGCCGCCUUUUCUUUGGCCACUGCUGAAGGCCUUUUACACGCGAGCUUCGCGCAUCGUCCAAUUUGAUGGUGCAUACAGUGAUGCCUGGUUUAAGCCCCGCUUGGGUAUAGCUCAGGGUUGUCCCUUAAGUCCCACCCUUGCUGCCGCUUUCAGCCACCUUUGGACCUUGGCUGUGUUGAGGCAAGGGGUUUCAGGCCUGGUCUACUUGGACGACCGUUCCUUCUGGACUUUCUCUGCGGAUCUUGGCGACCUGGAGCAUGCGAUUCGGCGCUCCGACCGAUUCGAUGCCACUUGUGGUCUUGAAAUAUCCCUGCCAAAGUGUGCGAUCGUGGCGCCAGAGGGUCAUGUCGAGGCUCCUGCUCUGGCUGCCCGAUUAAACUAUCAGUUUUCGCAAACUCUUGAAGUUUUAGGUGUCACUGUUUCCUUUAAUGAUGAAUGGGGCUUGCUGAAAUUUUCCUUGAGAAAAGCUUUGCUGCGCAUGGACCUUUUGCGCUGGGUGACCGCUUGCAGUCGACUGCGGGCCCUCAUGCUGAAAUCACUUGUUUACCCGUGCUUGGUGUGGGCCGCUGCCUAUGCCACGCCACUGGCAGGCGAGAUGAAGCAAGUUAGAGAUGCUGCGAUUCGUGUUUUUGACUGUCAAUUUUCCUUUGAAGCCCCGCGUGUCCUGAUCUUCGAACAUGUGGGGUGGAUGCUGGAGCCACAGUGCGCUGCUGACUCUGCUGUGCUCCGCGAGGCCUGGCGCCUCCUCUGCAAGCCUCCGGCCUUUGCUCUGGAGCAGCCGCGUGAUGCCCGGGGCCAGCGCUGGGAUCAGCUGUUGCCUGCUGCGCCUGGCCUCCUUCGCAAAUUGGGGUGGAGCGUUGUUGAACGCCCUGAUGGCUUCUUUUUCGCCUGCCGUGAUGACUUAGGGAUCUCUCGUGAGGUGCAGGUCGGAUGGGAGAGCUUUGCUGAGGUUAAGGGCUGGCUGUUUGACCAUUACCGGCACCUUUACAUGCAGAGAUGCCAGCGCGUCUGGCGGAGCUUUCAUAGGCCGGACCCGAGCCUUGCACGCGGCCUGGAUCUGGCACCUCCGUCGCGGGAUGCGCGCUUCAGCUUUCGUGGGCACCGCGUUGCCAUGCAUGAGGCGACCACUCCUUAUAUGAGACGGGCUGCUGCUGUCACGGGAGGCUCGUGCUGGUUCUUUACGGCCGGGCAGGGUUUGAACGAGCAGCAUAGGCGCAUGCAGUGCCUCUGCGGAGCGACUGCUCCGUCGCGACCGCAUGUGACCUGGGUUUGCGAGUGCACCGAGGCGCUCCGGCGGGAUCACCCCCCUCCGACGAAUCGGGCGGAGGAGCGCAUGUUUGCCAAGUCGACUCCCUUGAAACCUCCGGCGCCUGCCGCCUCUGACUGUGGGGCUUUUCGGGCGGACUUGGAUGCUGCUUUCCGUGCUGCCCUCGGCUCUGGCAGGAGCAGGAUUUAUGCGGCUACUGAUGGCUCCAGCCAUCGAUCUGUCGGUGCUUAUGCGGUGGUGAUCGGCGAUCCGUCUUGUGUCUAUGCCAUGGGCACUGGGGCAGAGGAUCAAUCCCCGUAUCGGCAGGAAGUUCUGGCCCUCCACGCGGCCUUUGCUUCGGUCCACCGGGUGUGGAGUGAGGGCUGCGAGACGUGCAUUUUCAUCUUGACCGACUGCAAAGCUGCCCUGACGGCCAUCUCGGGCCAUGGUGAUGAUCCCUUUAAGUUGGGCCUCUUGCUGAGGGACGCGCGCCGUCUCUGGAAGGAACUGGUGAGGCGCGGCUGUGCUAUCUCCUUGAUUUGGGUGCCGUCACACAAUAAGCCCCCCCGCUGGCGGCCUUCGCCGGAUCACGAUGCGGAUGUGCUCCGCGCCUUUAACCAUGCUGCAGAUCAGGCGGCGGGCAAUUGCAUGCAAAACAGGCUCUUGGGCUCUCUCCGGGAGCGAUGGCAUCAACAGUGUGAGCAGGCUCGGGAUUGGGAGCUGGCUACCGUCAGACUUGCGGCAGCUGCUGCCGAGAAGCUGGACAAACAUGUGAAAAGUGUUCCCCUUGAUGAUGCUGAGCCCGCAGGGGCUGGGAGGUACAUGUCAGACGGACUGCGGCUUCCUGACUUCCCUCCCAUUCAACGUGUGGCGAAGGCUCUCAAUGACCUCGGACAGCAGCUGAGCGGUCUUCUCGAAGUCGCUCAGCCCCUAGACCACCGGAAAUUCUGGAGUUUUGUGGCUCAAGUGGGGAGGGGCUCCGCGUGCCUUGAGCUGGUUAACCUGUACUUUCCCGAGUGCAGGGCUGACACUUCCCACACGUGCCUUCGGGCCAUGGCUCCUUCUUCUGGAGGCCUUGAUUGUGGGUUCUACCUACACCUAUGGCGAUCUUUGAAGCGAAUGAAUUGUGCUUUGAGUGAUGGUGCUUCUUUGUCGGGAAAAGAAGUGAUUGGGAAAGAAAAGAGCUGUUUCGGCAGCUGGGGCAAAGCGUCUGGCAAUGACCGAGAUGCGCAACCGAGGGUGGCUCAGCGCCUGCAGAUGCUGAGCGCUUUCAUUGUUCGAGCACGUGAUUUUCAGCUUCAGCUGUUCCAGAAGGAUUUUGAUUUCUUGGCUCAACGUGGUGUGCCGAGAACCAUGGUGUGGAGUGCAGUUGGGCCUUGGGGGCUCCGACUAGGGGCUUCGGAGAUGGAGUGCUCUGAUGGCACGUGUGUGAGCGGCAACCCGCUUGCUGCUGCAACCUCUUGGUCCUCGGGGAUGGAUCACGGGAUUGCUGGGGAUGAAUGCCCUGCUCAGGGGCUACCUUUGGCGAGUGAGCCUUGUGCGCAUGCUUCCGACACGCAGGCAAGUGCAACUUUUGGGCUUCACAUGAUUGAGGACACUUUCUCUGAGGAGUUUCUUUACUACGUGCCGCAGGCAAGUGCAGCAUUUGGGCUUCACUUGAUUGAGGACACUUUCUCCGAGGAAUUUCUUUACUACGCGCCGCAGCUGCAGCUUCUUCCCUCAGCGGCUGGUCUGGACCUUGGUGCUGGGCUGUGUGGGACGUCGUCUUGCGCUGCUGAGAGCCCUGUGUGUGACUUUCAAGAAAUCAACAAGACCCGUGAAAGGGCAAAGACGAAGAGCCUUUAUGGCCGUGUUCUUAGUGUUCUGUGGGAGCUCAGCACUAUCAAGACCCGCGAAAGGGCAAAGAGUGAGACUGAUAUCGGGCCUCUGUGCUGCUGCCAUGGCCUGGGCUCGCUGGCGGCUGGCGACGGUGGCGGCCAGUUCUUCAUCGCGCAGGGCAAGGACACUGGAGUGGUUGCCGAUGCGGUGGGUGUAAUCCGGGUUUGGAGUUUUUGCCAGGAGGAGGACGGUGCCAAGAUCGAUGCAGUUCCCCCUUGCAUGUGUCAGGUGCCUGCGACGCGCCUGGCGGGACUGCUGCAAACUCAGAGUGAUCUUGACGGUGUGCAACUGCAGGGGCAUGCCCUGGCGAGAUGCGCAAUUGCGAUUGUGAACUGCGGCCUGCUCAUGGGCGGCCUCUUCCGAGGCAGGGUGGUGACGGGCAAGUGCAAGGGAUCUCGGGACAGGUUUGGAGGCGGCAACCCGUUUGAGGGCAUGAUGGCCAGUAUCACGGAACAGCUUAUGCCCAUGAUCACUGCGCUCAUUCAGAAAGCUGUGCAGGAAGCCAUUGCAAAUGCAAUGGGAGGUGCCCCGGCAACCCCUCCCCGUGUUGUGCUGCAGGAGCCGGACCUGGAGCGAGGGGCAAAGCAUCUGGUGGCAGAGGUGGUCAGCCUGCUGCUGCAAAGGGCAAAGGGCAGGGCGAUCGACCUCCUCGCGCAGGAUUGGAGCGCGCAGUUGUUGUCGCAGGAUGGCAUUGCCAAAGCAUUGGACGUUCCGGGAUGUGUGGGCGAUCUCCUGCGUUUUCGGCGAGCCUCGAUUGUGCAUUGCAAAUCCGACCCUGCUGAUGGUGGUGUCCCUUGCUUUGCGGGACACAAGGCCAAGGCCAUUAAAGUUGUUCCGGCGUCCACUUCGGUCGUCUACUUUAAGGUGCCCGAGAUGUACAUGACGCCUGAUAAAUUCAAGCAUUGGAAGAACAACCCGAGUCGUGCUGCUUCUUCUUGGGCCAGUUCUCACCAAAUCACUUUGAGUGACACGUGGGGUUGGGUCGAGGAGCAGCAGGCUGGCAAGCAAGGUUUGCAGCUGUUUGGCAUUGCUCGCCUCCUGGAUGCCGAGCUGUCUUCUCUCGUCGCUGUCAGUGGCCGGGAUGGAGUCUUUGUUGAUGUGCCGCGCGGCAAGCUUGUCUCCACUGUGCAGUGGCUCGCUGUUACCAAGGGGGAAGCUCCGGCUGCGUAUCUUGAACGCGGCCUCCGCAUGAGUGCUCCUUAUGGUCUUGCCACCCAGGGCGGACGCCUUGGCGCCAGAUCGCCUAGAGAUCCCUCACAGGCUGUCCCGCGUGUUUGGAAUUUCCCUCAUGUGCCGGCUACCUGGGGACAGAAGGAAGUGCUGCAGGUGUUGGACCAGUCCUUCAAGGAUGUGGCUUUGAUUCAGCAUAAGCGCACUGGCGCCGAGUACUUGUAUCGCUUUAGAGCUACGCUCAAACACGGCGAUCUUGAUCUGGUCCCUUUGAGUGCUAUCGUCGAGAGCGAGCCGGGGAAGGACAAUGAAAUCACGCUGUGGGCCACGGUUGCACCCUAUAAGCCUAAGCAAGCUAAGCAGCGACCUCUGCGAUGUGCGCCGACUCCCUGCCUUGCCAAGGAGAAGCCUGCACUGGAGCCCAAACCUGUUAAACUUGAGGUCCCUGCUGAGCUGGAUGAUGAAGGUAAGGAGGUGUCCCCUGCCAAACAUGUUGCGGCUUCGCAUCGGCAAAUCCCCUCGGGGUGUGAUCUCAUUGAGACUCCGAAAGACGGAGCCUGUUUGUUUCACGCCAUAGCGCGUGGCCUCCACUGGCUUUCGGGCCCUAAGAAGACUGAGUACUCCCACAGGGACUUGAGGGCGCGCUGUGUAGAGCACUUACGAAAAUAUGCUUCGCAAUAUAUAGGGGAAUGGGACGGCCACGGGCCGGCUCUACAAAAAUUGCGCGAAAAUGCCGCAUCUCCGGAGGACGCCUUUGAGGAAUACCUCAAGUUAAUUGCUUCGGAAUCUGCAUACGCCUCUACCAUCGAGCUGAAGGCUCUCGGACGUUUAUUUGAUUGCCACAUCCUUGUGAUCCCACGCGAUGGGAAUUUUAGUGCGAUGUCGUUUCAUGCGCAGCAGCGCAAAAGGAGGCUGGUGUUAUGGUACACGCCUCGGCACAUCGAGCUUCUUUUGCCAGCUAAGGAUGCUAAAGACUACCCAGAGGAAGUUUUCUCCGUUACGAGUGGUGCUGUCGUUGACUUGAGGGCUGGAGGGGAUGAUGCUUCCCAGUGCUCUGGCACUGUUUGGACUGCUUGCGCCCGAUCAAACCGAUCCAAGGCCAGCCGAUCAUCCUCUGUGAAGGCGGGCACUGUGUGGACUGUCACCAACGCGUCGAGCAGAACGACCGCUUCUUCUCUUAAGCGCGCUCGCGGUGUUGCUGCGACGGUCUGGUCCCGAGCCGUCUCCUCUGGUGCUUCCGUGCAUUCUGAAAUGCCUGCCUUGCCGGAGUGCGACGAUGAUGAUGCCCCGCAACCUGAGCGGUUGCAUCAUGCCAGCCGGGCCCUGCCUCAGUCUGCCCUUGUGAUGGCCCGUCGUAAUCGCGGCCGAGCCUUCCCUGAUGGAGUUGCUAAAUGCAGGCUUUGUCCCUUUCGCCGCAAGUGUGCUGAUCCUGUGAAGGCCUAUGCGGCCUAUCAGCGGCACUUCUUGGAUUCGCAUCCGGGGGAGAAGCUUGGGCUCGCUCCUGCCCGCAAGGCUUCCUGUGUUCGUGACCUCGCUGAUGGCGAGGGGGCGUACUGGAGAUGCAAACGGUGCCAGGCAGGCAUCUCUACUGCUGAUGCGGCCCGUUUUGGCAAGGACUCUCUGUGCCGCUUUCGCCGGGAGCAUAAAACACAGGCCCACCCGCGCGUCUCUUGGGCUGUGUGGAACAAGGAAGCGAAAUCACACUCGGCCACCAAAUGGGCCUCAAAGAUCAGUGCCACUCGCAACAAUGCCCAGAAGGCUAAGCUCCUGCCGGUGCUGCGCGAGCUUGAGGCUCAGGACUUUGAUGCCUUCGGAUGGCCGCGCCAGGCCGGGAAGGACACCAAUACUGUUGAUAAGUAUCCCUUGCGCAUAUGCCCGGCUUGGGUGUGUCGCAAAUGCCGAGCGCCGUGCCCCUCUGCAGAGAUCGCUAGGAAGCAUCGCUCGGUAAAGGGACAGUGCCCUUCUCGCACUGCUAAGGCGAGGGCGUGGAUUCGGUUGCGCUCCCUUGCUGCCAAUAAGAAGCUUCAUGAUGCUGCACCUGCCUCGGUUCGCAAAGAGCAGGGCGAGCUUGCCUUUGCUGCUGCUGAAAAGGCCUUGCGAGCCCCCAUGUUGUCGGUCAAUGUUCCUGCAACGGCUGGCAUCGGCUUUCGCAACCAGUGGAAAACGCACGGCCGGCAUGUUGCUCUGAGCGCCCCCGAGGAUCUCGGCAGCCGGGUUGCUUUGGUCAGCGAUUUUCCUUUUCGGCAUGUCCAGCUGUGUAAGGGUCCUGCUUCCACCAGGCACGUGGCGGGGCUCUUUAAUUUGCGAUCCCUCCCUGAGGAUGAUUCUUCGCUCCCUGCGAGCUCCAGGAGUGCCACUGAUGAAACCAUCCUGGUGGUGGCCUUUUAUGGCCAGGCCGGCAACGAGCCAGUUGCCCAGACACAAGUGGAUGAGGUUUUGGAGUGUGCGGUUGCCUCGGGUUAUAGGUUUGUGGUUUUGGGCGACUACAACCUUGAGCCUUCCCAAGGCCGCUUAGGAUCGCUAAUUUCGCAAGGCACCGUGCUUGCUGGUGAUGAAUGUGCGCGUGGCCGGCCCCUUCCUGCCACGGGCCCGGUCAAUGCCCAAGGCGUGCGCACUCGUCGCAUUGAUUUUGCCGUUAAUCAUCGUGACUUGCCUGCGGUUUCUGUAGAUCACUUUACGUGCGAUUUUUCGGACCACUUGGGGGUACACUACUUGUAUGCCCUCGAUGCUCCUUGUCCCUUGGUUGGGCCCAAGCGAUGCAAGCCUCGUGAUGAUCUCCAGUCUUCUGACUUGGAGUCCAGAUGUGCUCAAAUUGAUGCUGGACCCUUUGCAAGCGCCUUGGAACAGAAUGAUUUGGACGGGGCGUGGCGCUUCUUGUCGGACACCGCCGAGCUUCUGCUGUGUGAGCCGUGCUCUGCAGAGUGCGUUCCUCGCGCGUCUUCCUGGGAGCCUGUCGCCCAUAGUGCGGCGGGACGGGCUGGCAAGCAGCUUGUGAAGUCGGAGGGCCUGCGCCUUUUGCUGCGACUCCGUGCGAGGCUUCAGGUUCUUUCCCACCGGACGAACGAUGCUUUGCUGGUGGCGCGCAUCAGGCGCUCACUCCGGUCCACGCGCUUGAAGGUGCCCAGCCUGCCUUAUGCCCGUGAUGGCGAUGAGCUCUCCCUUCUUCCACAUGUUGCACAGCUCAUUGAGACUUUCACGCAGCAGGAGGAGGAGGCAAGAAAGCAGAUGUGGCGCACCAGGACGCGUGCGGACCUGCCUCGUGCCCGGUCUUUUGUCAAGCGGCGCGCUGAUGAGCAGCUCGCUUGGGAGCGUCAGCUUCCGGAUGUUGCCAGUCCGGGCGACCCUGCACAUCCGGCGGUCGCGGUUGCAGCUGUGGCAAAGGACCUGCGGGCGAAGCUCUGUCCCGCGUCCUUUAGGGCGGUUGACAUGCAGGCCAUGCGUGAUCUGUUGCGGCCCCUGCCGCGCCCCGCAAGCACGGAGGUCGUGCCUAACAUCACGCCAGAGGCUCUCCGACGCUCUAUGCAGUCCAUGAGGCACCGUGCUGCCGGGCCGGAUGCGUGGAAACCUGGACUGCUAUGUUCCCUGCCUGAUCUUUGGUGGGUGUGGACCUCCCAGCUGUGGAAUCGGUGCCUUGCUUGUUGUGACGUCCCCGCCCAGUGGGCACAGGCACGUGUGGUGAUGAUUAAGAAAAUCAAGGGGGGCUUCAGGCCGUUAACCAUCUCUCAAGCUGUCUGGCGUGCGGGAGCAAGGAUUUUGAAUGCCCAACUCUCCGACUGGAUAGGUUCUUGGAGCUCUCCGUCGGAUGCCGGUGGCAUCCCGGGCACGUCGGUGUCGGGUGCCCUGCUUCAGCUGAAUGCUGCAAUGCGCGGUGGCGCUAACGUUGCGGUUCAACAGGACAUUGCGGGGUUCUUUGAUGCCAUCCAGUUUGAAGCCCUAGAGGUCCUCCUUUCCCAUUUGAAAGCGCCGCCUUUUCUUUGGCCGCUGCUGAAGGCCUUUUACACGCGAGCUUCGCGCAUCGUCCAACUUGAUGGUGCAUACAGUGAUGCCUGGUUUAAGCCCCGCUUGGGUAUAGCUCAGGGUUGUCCCUUAAGUCCCACCCUUGCUGCCGCAUUUAGCCACCUUUGGACCUUGGCUGUGUUGAGGCAAGGGGUUUCAGGCCUGGUCUACCUGGACGACCGGUCCUUCUGGACUUUCUCUGCGGAUCUUGGCGACCUGGAGCAUGCGAUUCGGCGCUCCGACCGAUUCGAUGCCACUUGUGGUCUUGAAAUUUCCCUGCCAAAGUGUGCGAUCGUGGCGCCGGAGGGUCAUGUCGAGGCCUCUGCUCUGGCUGCCCGAUUCAACUAUCAGUUUUCGCAAACCCUUGAAGUCUUAGGUGUCACUGUUUCCUUUAAUGAUGAAUGGGGCUUGCUGAAAUUUUCCUUGAGAAAAGCUUUGCUGCGCAUGGACCUUUUGCGCUGGGUGACCGCUUGCAGUCGACUGCGGGCCCUCAUGCUGAAAUCACUUGUUUACCCGUGCUUGGUGUGGGCCGCUGCCUAUGCCACGCCACUGGCAGGCGAGAUGAAGCAAGUUAGAGAUGCUGCGAUUCGUGUUUUUGACUGUCAAUUUUCCUUUGAAGCCCCGCGUGUCCUGAUCUUCGAACAUGUGGGGUGGAUGCUGGAGCCACAGUGCGCUGCUGACUCUGCUGUGCUCCGCGAGGCCUGGCGCCUCCUCUGCAAGCCUCCGGCCUUUGCUCUGGAGCAGCCGCGUGAUGCCCGGGGCCAGCGCUGGGAUCAGCUGUUGCCUGCUGCGCCUGGCCUCCUUCGCAAAUUGGGGUGGAGCGUCGUUGAACGCCCUGAUGGCUUCUUUUUCGCCUGCCGUGAUGACUUAGGGAUCUCUCGUGAGGUGCAGGUCGGAUGGGAGAGCUUUGCUGAGGUUAAGGGCUGGCUGUUUGACCAUUACCGGCACCUUUACAUGCAGAGAUGCCAGCGCGUCUGGCGGAGCUUUCAUAGGCCGGACCCGAGCCUUGCACGCGGCCUGGAUCUGGCACCUCCGUCGCGGGAUGCGCGCUUCAGCUUUCGUGGGCACCGCGUUGCCAUGCAUGAGGCGACCACUCCUUAUAUGAGACGGGCUGCUGCUGUCACGGGAGGCUCGUGCUGGUUCUUUACGGCCGGGCAGGGUUUGAACGAGCAGCAUAGGCGCAUGCAGUGCCUCUGCGGAGCGACUGCUCCGUCGCGACCGCAUGUGACCUGGGUUUGCGAGUGCACCGAGGCGCUCCGGCGGGAUCACCCCCCUCCGACGAAUCGGGCGGAGGAGCGCAUGUUUGCCAAAUCGACUCCCUUGAAACCUCCGGCGCCUGCCGCCUCUGACUGUGGGGCUUUUCGGGCGGACUUGGAUGCUGCUUUCCGUGCUGCCCUCGGCUCUGGCAGGAGCAGGAUUUAUGCGGCUACUGAUGGCUCCAGCCAUCGAUCUGUCGGUGCUUAUGCGGUGGUGAUCGGCGAUCCGUCUUGUGUCUAUGCCAUGGGCACUGGGGCAGAGGAUCAAUCCCCGUAUCGGCAGGAAGUUCUGGCCCUCCACGCGGCCUUUGCUUCGGUCCACCGGGUGUGGAGUGAGGGCUGCGAGACGUGCAUUUUCAUCUUGACCGACUGCAAAGCUGCCCUGACGGCCAUCUCGGGCCAUGGUGAUGAUCCCUUUAAGUUGGGCCUCUUGCUGAGGGACGCGCGCCGUCUCUGGAAGGAACUGGUGAGGCGCGGCUGUGCUAUCUCCUUGAUUUGGGUGCCGUCACACAAUAAGCACCCCCGCUGGCGGCCUUCGCCGGAUCACGAUGCGGAUGUGCUCCGCGCCUUUAACCAUGCUGCAGAUCAGGCGGCGGGCAAUUGCAUGCAAAACAGGCUCUUGGGCUCUCUCCGGGAGCGAUGGCAUCAACAGUGUGAGCAGGCUCGGGAUUGGGAGCUGGCUACCGUCAGACUUGCGGCAGCUGCUGCCGAGAAGCUGGACAAACAUGUGAAAAGUGUUCCCCUUGAUGAUGCUGAGCCCGCAGGGGCUGGGCCUUGA